AUGGACUUCGCUAGAAAAGUCCUGGACACACCGGCGCCUCAUGUGCACGCAUGGAACUCGCAGGCAACAUCGCAUCCUGUUGGGGCUGAAUUUAUUAUCAUGAACAAAGUCGAGGGUGUCCCAUUGUCCCAAAAGAAAUGGUUGAGCGUUUCGUUCUCCCAAUAUGGCAGCCUGUACUAUGCUGGAGAUGUGCAGUCCCCAGAGGGCAACCAAUAUAUCAGGGAUGGCAUGGCCGUCAAAGAUUCAGGGUUUGCUAUAGGUCCGGCUACUGGUCGGGAUUGGUCUGAUGCGUGUCGAUCAGAGUUGGGUAUUGAUAGGGGACCAUGGGCUUCUUCAACGCAGUACCUACAAGCAGUAGGAAUACGAGAGAUGGAAGCAACCCGGUCUCUGGUACCACUAAAACAGAUUGCCUUAUUCCGCGGUCCAAGAUUCUACCAACCAAACAUGGAAAAUAAGCUUACUGCCUUAUCAUGCUACCAAAAAAUCGUCGAUGCUCUUAUCCCAAAGGACGCCGCGAUCAACAACGCCUGCAUCUGGCACAAUGAUUUACAUGAUGACAACAUCUUUGUAGACCCAUAUAACCCGGAAACCAUCACAGGUAUCAUUGACUGGCAGUCCUGCCACAUAUCACCCCUCUUCAACCAUAAUCCUGAUCCAGCUUUCCUCGACUGGGAUGGUCUUGAGCCCAAGACACUCGACCUAGCACCGAGGCCGACACUCUCUGGACUUUCCCCCAAAGAACGAUCGGCCGCUAUGCGCGAUUAUACUGUUCAAAACGUGUUCAUUGUAUGGCGAAAGCUCAUGCAUGCUAAAAAUCCAGACUUAUAUCGGGCAGUCGAAUUUCGAAAGACGGCAGCGUACGGACUGAUAUCUCUAGCCCACCGCAUGUUCGAAUACGGCGAGGCGCACUUUCUAUCGCUUCUAGUCGAUCUGAAAGACACGUGGACGGGCUUGCCUGGCGUCACUAGCGGCAUUCCAUUCCCGUUUGAGUUUUCAGAAACGGAUAUCGAGCGUAUCAAACUGGACGGCGACAAUGCGGCAGUAGGAACUGAGCUUAUGGCUGAGAUUAAGGAGCAAAUGGGCGAUUUGUGGCCCGAUAAAGGCUUGAUCGAACACGAGCGAUACGAGGCUUGCAAAGCUGCGCUCGAAGAGAUCAAACGUCAGAUACUGGAUCAAUUGGCUGAGACUGAUCAGGAGAAAGCCGAAUACGAGCGUUAUUGGCCAUUUGAAUGA